AUGAGUUAUCCGGCAAAGAUCCUGCUCAUUAAAUUAGUCAAACAGCAUGAGUCCAUUUGGAACACAAGAUCGCAAUACUAUGCACGAUCUGAUAUGAAAACACAGGCAUGGAAUGAGAUUGCUGAAAAAAUGCAGGCUCACGGAUUCGAGUCCAAGGUGGGAAGGCUGAAAGUGAUGUGGAAAAACCUUCGUGAUCAAUGGAAACGAAAUCUAGCUCUCAAAAUGCCUCCGGAGAGGGAGUGGUACUUUCAGCGUAGGAUAAACUUCUUGGCCGGCACAUAUGAGGAUGGAGAGCUUGCUCACUGCCCUCAUACUUCGGAUGCAUCGCCUGAAAUUCAUGAGGCUCCAGAUGAUAGCCUCUAUGAUGUGAAGGUAGACGCAUUCGAGUAUCUUGAAAAUGGUUACGCAAUUGAAGGCAGCAGUCUUAUGGACGACAGUUCAAAUGGCGCAAAGCGUGAACCGAAAUCUGAAAUGAGGGACGAUGGUACGACAUAUGAACAAGCGUCAGUAAUGGUGUUUUCGGAGAACGGCAUAUCAGGAAUGCCAGAGGAAUCAAGUAAUUCACCGAACCGGGCAGUAGCUUCGUCGUCAGUUCAAGGUGACAACAUGGACCCUGCCCCACCUCCAGCUAAGAGGAUGCGAGUGGAAGCAAGGAGCGGAGCGGCAUUUGUUUCGACAGCCCUUCGUGAAAUGCCUGAAAUGGAAGCGAAACGACGAAUGAGGGAAAUGACAAUGCUAUUAUUAGAAGACGUAGAUUUCAAGAACUUCUUUGGAGAAAUGUCUAUGAAAAAUAAUGGCGAUGAUGAAGAAGGUAAUCACGUACUAGUUACUGAGGAUCGAGAGCGAUGUUCACCAGUCGAUAAAUUUGAUAGAUACGCAGCUUUUCUUGCGACGACAUUACGAAAGAUGCUUGCGGCUGAAGCAAAUAAGAAGAUUUUGAAUAUAACGAGUAUAGUUCUGGAAGAUGUGAAUCCUAGUGUGUAA